GGCGUUUCACGACGUUGUCGUGUUGGCCGUAAAGCCCCCUCGCGCUUUGCGGCAUCAGCUGACCGCUCAGCUGAUUCCGGGAUUGUAAAUGUGACUUGGGCUGCUAGUCUCUCGCUGUCGCUCUGUCCCCGGGAACAUUUUCGAACGCUUAGAAGCGAUUUAAUUACAAUUCGCCGUGUUUAAUUAAGCCGCUACCCUCCCCCGCCCCGCCCACCACCCAUUGUUUAAAACCUUGGCAAUUAUCACGAAGGCUUUACAACAACUAUUAUUAUUAAGGAUUUACAACGAACAGCAGUCCUGUUUGACGUUGUUGGUGUUGUUGGACAAUGUUUGGCGGCGGGGACGAGGAUGACGGAGACUUCGUCACGGCACCAAGCGGAUCCAACCUGGCCUCGUUGUUCGGCGGGGUCGACGCGUCCGGCCAAGGCAACCCCUUCCAGUUCCACGCGCCGAAGCAACCGCGGAAGGGCCAGCCAGGCGCAGCAAAAUCACAAAAGCCUGCCCCGGACAUACCAGCUGUGAUGUCUACGGCCGUGGUCCACACAUACAUGUAUGUGAAUGGGCAGUACGCAAGUCGUGGGAAACUCGGACUGGCAUUGUUGGGCAGUCCCGAAGCCAAAGACUACAAGUUGCUGUUGUACGGGCAGCAGAGGAAAACUGUGACCAGCGCCAGGAUCCACAGCUCCUUCGCAUUCAGCGUGCAGGCCAACAAUUACGUCAGUUUUUACGACGACCAGCGCCAGAACUGGUCGAUAAUGUUCGACAACGAGCAAGUUGCGUCGGACUUCUCCACCCAGGUGUGUUUAGCCAAGUGGCAGGCCACCCCCCGCGAGCAGCUCGGCAAAGCCCUGACCCAGGAUUUGCGGCCCGGAGAGGGUCAGGGUGUGGAGGCGGGCGACAAUCUGGAGGUGGAGUACACGGGCUGGAUUCUGGAGCCGGGCGGAGCGCUGGGAGAGGUGUUUGACAGUAACGUCGGGAAGGACAAAAUGAUGCGGCUGAAACUCGGGAAAGGAAAAGUGAUUAAGGGCUGGGAACAAGGCAUGCUGGGAAUGGGCAAGGGCGGCCGGCGGUUGCUGCUGGUGCCGGCCCCCCUGGGAUACGGGGCCCAGGGCUUGCCCCCCCGAAUCCCCGCCAACAGCUCCCUGGCGUUCCGCGUGGAGAUCAAGCGAGUGAGGUUCGCCCGUGACGCCGGCGCCGCCGACCUCCGUGACUGCCACUCGCCGUCGCCGGCGCCCAGCCUGGGCGAUGCGCCGCCCACCCUCACCGCCCCACAAACGCCACCCCCCCCCCCCGGGUCGGACGAAUCCGUCAAGUCCCGGUCGCACUCGCUCACGGAGCAGCUCACGAGUCAGCCGGACUCGGUGAGGGCGAAACUCAUCUCACGGAUGGCGCGCAUGGGGCAACCGCUGCUGCCCAUGGGCGGUGGCGCCACCCCGGCUCAGGGGGACACGAGCGACUCGGAGCACGAGGAUGGAGGCCUUUCCGUUGUCACUCCUGGUGGGGCUGAACUCACUCCCUCACCACAGCCACUCACCGGCCCCACCAGCACGGCCACCAUGGCCGCUCCCGUGCCAGCGAAGCAACCGGUGCCCGCGUUCCGCACACUGGUGCAACUCCCCGCAGCACAGCAGCAGCACAACCAGCAGCACAACCAGCAGCACAACCAGCAGCACCAGCAGCACAACCAGCAGCGUCAACAGCACCACCAACAGCACCACCACCACCAUCAUCAGCAGCACCAGCAGGCACUGGCCUUGCCUGUUGCACAGCCCUACCAGGUGUGGCCUGACGCGGGGUUCAUGUACAGCCAGGUGCCGGCGGCUGCCGUUCCUGCACCCGCUUACUCGGCACCCUUCACAGGGACAGGCGACGUCACUUCCUUCCUGAUGACGGAGGCGCGGCAGCACAACACUGAGGUGCGCCUCGCCAUUGGCAAGGUCUCCGACAAGAUGGAGCAGCUGCAGAGCAAGGUUGACGACAUCCACAGGCAGAGCGUCGGAGGCCUCGGCCUGCCGCAGGCCGCAAUGGCGACCAUCAACAUGGACGCCGCCAUGAUCAUGCAGAACAUCACGCGCAUCCUGCAGGAGAACGAGCGCUUGAAGCAGGAGGUGCACGAGAGGAGCAGCAAGAUCGAGCAGCAGAACGAGAAGAUCGGCGACCUGCUGCAGAGAAACCAGAGGUACGUGGAGCAGAGUAAUAUGUUGCUAGAGCAGAGGAAUGACUCGUUCAAGAACACGACGGAGCAGAACCAGGGGCGAGUGCUCACCCUGGAACAAGACAAGGUGUCCCACGCACAGGCCCGGCUCACAGAGGGGCUGGCCCAGGUGACUGCCCAGCUGACGGGUGCCCAGGCCCAGCUGGCGGCCAGCCGCACACAGGGCCAGGAGGUGGGGGGCCGCCUGCAGCAGGCCCAGGCUGAGGCGGCAGCAAGGAGGGCGGAGGCGGUGGAGCUGGGGGAGCAGCUGAGCGCCGUGCGGGAGGAGCUGCAGCGCUCCCAGGAGGAGCUGCACCACUCCCAGGAGGAGCUGCACCACUCCCAGGAGGAGCUGCACCACUCCCAGGAGGAGCUGCGGCACUCCCAGGAGGAGCUGCGGCGCUCCCAGGAGGAGCUGCAGCGCUCCCAGGAGGAGCUGCAGCGCUCCCAGGAGGAGCUGCAGCGCUCCCAGGAGGCUUUGCGGUCCGAGCGAGCUCAGCUCCACGAGACGCAGCUCCGCACGCAGACGCUGGAGCAGGAGAUGGGAGACCUCCGUGCAGACAAGGCGGCCGUGGAAAAGCCGUCGGCGCUGCGUGCUGAGUUGGAGGAGCAGCAGCAGGCGGCCUCCCUGCAGAAGCUCCGGACGGAGAGAGACGCCCUGCGGAGAGAGAGGGCCGAGCUCCUGGAAAAGGUCGCUCGCCUGCAGACCGAGCUGCAGCUGGCCGAGUUGAGCGAGCGGUCGGCCAAAUUGGAGAAUCAAGAGGCCCGGCUGUGGCAAGAGAAGUACACGGUCCUGCGGCUGAAAGCGGCGGAGAUGCGCCGGGAGUUUGAAGCGAGGCUCGCCCUGGCCGGCAACACGGACGCCCUGGCCGAGGUGAAGAAGGUGAUGAACGGGGUGUUCCGGUCUCUGCGCUCCGAGUUCACCCUGGAGGGGACGUACAGCGGCCGCAUGAUCCUCGCCACCGUCAUGAACACAAUCAAGGCCACGACCCUCAGCCUCGUGAGCGGCUCCGAAUCGCCGGACGAACGAGGCGUCUCCCAUUCCUCCUCCUCUGCUGCCGUUCCGGCCUCCGAGCCCGAAACGUCGGACACUGCUCCCGACCGGCCGCCGUCCCAACCCCAAGGGCCCGGGGCGGGGGGCGUUGACGCCGGCAGCGGCGGCGCCGGCGAAGCCUCGCGGCCUCGCGAAGACGCGGCUCCGCUGUCCGUCGUGACGACGACGACGACGACGACGCCGGAGGAGGUGGUGGAGGAGGUGGAGGAGGCACCGCGAGAGUCCCGGGGACCGCCGCCGAGGGGAGACGGAGCCUCGGAGCCGACCGCCGGCGCCGCCGAAGGUCGCGACCUCGGGGACGGAUCGCCGGAAGUUCGUCCGGCGGCGCCCUCGGCGGCGGCCGCCGGCGAGGGCACGGCGGAGAAGCUCCACGCCGCCGGCGAGGUCACGGCGGAGAAGCUCCACGCCGCCGGCGAGGUCACGGCGGAGAAGCUCCACGCUGCCGGCGAGGGCACGGCGGAGAAGCUCCACGCUGCCGGCGAGGGCACGGCGGAGAAGCUCCACGCUGCCGGCGAAGUCACCGGGACAGCGGAGAAGCUCCACGCCGCCGCCGAGGCCGCCGAGGCCGCCGGGGCGGCGGCGGUGGCGGAUAGGCCGGCAGCGGAGAGAGAAUGUGACGUCACUGCCGCCGUCGCCGCCACGGUGACGGCGGCGGUGGCCGGGGAGGGAGAUGCCGACGCGGCGGGCAGCGGCGUCCCCGAGCGGCCGACGAGCGUUGCCGGGAUGCCGAAGCAGCCACCAUCUUCCGUGGGCGACGAGGAGGAGGAUGAGGAGCAGAAAGAUGGAAACCUCUUCUCAUACGAGGCGCCCAACAGGAAGAUCUCGCGAGACUACAGUGGAAGUCCUGUUGAGAAACCUGGACCACCUCCUCUCUUCGGAGAUGAUGAAGAAGACGACGAUGAUGUGGAUUGGUUGAAAUGA